UUUUCUUAACUAAGAAGCUUUUCGAUCUAUAUAUAUUCGUAUGACAAGGUUUUGAUCUCGUAGCCAUCUCCAUCAAUUUUCAGCAUUAACUUGUUCCAAGUUCAAAAAAAAAAAAACCCCUUAGCUUUGCUAAUCCAAACUCAAUCACUAAAAUGGAGAAUCUAGCACUAAAAAUUGAGAAAGAAUUUACUCAAAUCUCUGAGAGAGUGAAAUCAGUAGAUGUGCAUCCAAUUCAUUCAUGGUUUUUAGCAACUUUAUAUUCUGGAACUGUUUCUUUAUGGAAUUACCACUCCAGAAAAUUAGAAAAGUCUCUCAAAGUCACAGACUCACCAGUGAGAACAGCAAAAUUCAUAGCUAGCAAAAACUGGUUUGUUGCUGGAUCUGACGACGGAUUCAUUCGUGUUUACAACUAUGAAACAAUGGAGAAGAUCAUAGAGUUCGAAGCACACAAAGACUACAUAAGAUCUGUGGUUGUCCAUCCAAAUCUACCAUACUUGAUAUCAACAUCUGAUGACAAGUCUAUAAAGCUUUGGGACUGGGAAAAGGAUUGGAUAUGCACUCAAAUUUUUGAAGGACAUUCCCAUUAUGUGAUGCAAGUGGCCUUCAAUCCAAAAGACUCUAAUAUUUUCUCUACCGCCUCGCUUGAUGGAACCAUUAUGACAUGGAAUAUUGGCUCAUCUGCUCCAAUUUUUACCUUGAAUGAUCAUUUGAAAGGAGUGAAUUGCAUUGCUUACUUCAAUUCUGGCGAUAAAACAUACUUACUAAGUGGCUCUGAUGACUUUACUGCUAAGGUAUGGGACUAUGAAACACAAACUUGUGUUCAAAGCCUGGAAGGUCAUUUGAAUAAUGUCUCAGCAGUUUGUGCUCAUCCAGAGCUUCCUAUAAUAAUUACAGGCUCUGAUGAUGGAACUGCUCGUUUAUGGCAUGCUGCUACUUAUGAGCUAGAAAACACUCUGAAUUAUGAUCUUGGAAGAGUUUGGGCCAUUGGAUGUAUCAAAGAAUUGAAUCAGGUUGUCUUUGGUUGUGACAAUGGAUUUUGCAUUGUCAAAAUGAAUGGUGGAGAUUCUGUAACAGGGCCAAGCUUAGAAGGAAGGAAGGAAUAAAUAAUAUUGUUGUGUGUGUGUGUUUAAAGUUGUUUGUCAAUUGUUGUCUCGAACUCGGUAUAUGUUGUUGUGUGAUAUGUAAAACUUACUAGAAAUAAAUAAUAUUUCUUUCUGAUGUAUCUUGUUGUAAUAAUCUUCUAAGAGAAUAAUGUACAAUUUUUAUUUGACCAGACUGCUAAGCCUAAACUCUAAUACCUGUAUUAGAGUGUAAUGCAUGUGUAAUAUGUUUUUUCAUAUAAAUAAAUUCAAGACAAUUACGUACCAA